CAACACGUUUGCCCUUGUUGCAAAAUCCACCGGAAAAAAGAGCCCCCAGAUUUUGGCUCUCUGUGCCUUCUUUCCUCAAACUGGCAGGUAACAGAUGACAGGUGUUGAAGGGGAGGGAACUACACAGACUUUAUAAUAUAUAAAGAUGAAAUGAAAACAGCAAGACAUCAGCAGCUGCAAGACAUCACAGAUCAACUGCUUCUACAAGACAGAGAUGGCCAGUAAACACCAGUCUGAUCUGCGGAUUGUGCUCUUGGGAAAGACCGGCGCUGGGAAGACUGAGGCUUGGAACGCCAUCCUCGGGAAGAAGGCGUCUGCGACCGGCAGGUCUGCUGCUUCUGUGACAGCCAAGUGUGAGAUGGCAAAAAGAGAGUUUGGCAAACAAACUCUGGCUGUCGUUGAUACUCCAGGCCUGUUUCACACACAAAAAAGUGUUGACCAGGUGAUGAAAGAGAUCCUUGAAAGCACCAUGCAUGUUGUGCCGGGUCCCCAUGUGCUCCUGCUGGUGAUAAAGCUCGGUCCCUUCUCAUCUGAAGAUAAGAAAACGCUGGAAGUCUUCAAGAAAGUCUUCCCAAAUGCAAAAUCUCACACUAUCGUCCUGUUCACACAUGGAGAUAAAUAUGGUAAAGAUUGUAAGGGCUUUAUUGAAGCCAACCCAGCUCUCAAAACGUUCAUCAGUGAGUCUUGUGAGGAAUACCAUGUCUUUAAAAAAGAUGAUAAGGAUCAAGUUGCUGACCUGCUGCAGAAGGUCAACAACGUGGUCCAGAAAAACAAAGAAGGCUACUACAGCAAUGACCUGAUCAAUAAGGCUGUGACUGCCUUUGACAAAAUAAUGGAAUCAAAAGGUGAGAGCAAAGAGGCAGCACUAGGGCGUCUGUGGGGCUACAUCUCAGCGGGUCUAGCUGAAGUGGAGAAACUAGAUCCAGGUUUGUUCGGACAUGUGAAAUCGUUCCUUGACAAACUGAAGGAGGUGGCGCUUCAAUGGAUGCCACCUGAAGCAUUCCAGCAAAAGUAAUCAGAGCUCAUCAAACCAGGUUAAAAACAUACGACACAGGGAAAUUAUAGUGGUGAAAAGGUAUAUGUUAAAUAUGAUUCCUCUUCUUUUUCACAGAAACAAUCUUAAACAAUACACUGUUUUCAAAAUGCAUGAAAUGACGAGACUGUGCUAUAUUCAUGGUUUGUGACAGUUGAUACAUGGAGCAUGGAUUGUUUGUUGAGUGAGCGAUGACAGUGUGACAUUUACACCAUCACAGAGCUAAAGUCCUGUUUUUGUCUGCCUCUUGAUAAAAAUGUUGAUUCACUCAUCCGAGCCAUCUCCAUCAUCUUCUAUUAUUGUGUGUUCAGACCCAUAAGCUGAAGGAACAGUGGCUGGUGAGCAUGAUGAGGAGUUUCUGUUAUCUCUGCCCUCAAUGACAGAAACGGGAUGAACACAAUAAUAGAAAGAAGAAGCCUUUUAUGGUGUUCAUGGCUUUUCCAUGUGUCAACUGCAUUCUGAAUCCAUUGUGAAAUUGUCUGACUGUGAGACUCAGAUCCUCUUGUAAACGACGCUGAUGUUGGAAACUCAUGCUCGUGUUUGUGGUGAAAGGCUUCUGUCAGCUCUUUAGUUCUGAUUUUCUUGGACAGCACUUAGAUGAUUUAUCUUUGUAUUAUCAUAACAGUUAUCCUGAAUCAUUGUCCAAUUCUUCAUGUGUUUGACAUUCAUAUACAUGUGCUGCGUGUUGUAUCACUGAUUGGAUCAUUCCCUGUGUAUCCCUGCUGAUUUCAAUCUGUAGUAUGUUGCAUCAUAGUAAUAAAUCUGCCUAAUCGA